AUGGGAGAGAAAGGCUGGCGAUUUGCCACGUCCGUUGAAAAUCUUCCCGGCGAUGAUGUGACUCCGGAUCCAUUGCAUCCAGGUUACAACCAUAUCCGCGAUAUAUAUCUUUCCGUUGAUGCGGACUAUCAGGGACGUUUUUCAGUGCCGAUGUUGUGGGAUAAACAGAGUCAGACUGUGGUUAACAACGAGUCAGCUGAGAUUAUGAGAAUGCUGAACACUGAAUUUGAUGGGCUUUUGCCGGACUCGAAUAAGUCCAAGGUACUUAAUCUCCUACCGAACGACCUUCUGAGCAGAAUUGAAGAGACCAAUCUAUGGAUUUAUGAGGAUAUAAACAACGGUGUAUACAAAUGUGGAUUCGCAUCGACACAAGGAGCAUAUAACCGCAACGUAACACAGUUAUUCAAAUCCCUCGACCGGGCCGAAUCGGACCUCGCAGGUUCAUCUGGUCCAUUCUAUUUUGGUGAUUUACUCACUGAGACCGACAUCAAGCUCUACACGACUCUGAUCCGCUUCGACCCAGUCUACAUUCAACAUUUCAAGUGCAAUAUCCGAGACAUCCGUUCUGGCUACCCAAAUAUUCAUAAAUGGUUAAGAAAUUUGUACUGGACGAUUCCUGCAUUCUGCGAAACUACAGAGUUUGAGCACAUCAGGAACCAUUAUACAAAAAGUCAUAAGAAUAUCAAUCCAUCGGCAAUCACGCCUGUCGGCCCUAUGCCUAACAUCUUAGAGCUGGAGCAAGAGGUUGGCGCUGUGCGAAAGACGUAG